AAAAUCCACCACGCGAAAUGUAAACAUCUCCAUAAUUGACGCAUGCGCAGUUGCGCACUAAGUCGAAACUCAAACGUAUGUUGGGACAUUGUGCAGAGAGGAUCAAGCCUUCAAAUGUGUGACGAACACCAAUAAAAGUACAGGUCUGCAGAUGCACCAAUCCUUUCAUAUGAGACAGAUCAUGUUGGUGUGACAUCUCUUUUGGAGCCAUGGUUUAUAGAGUAGAGGAUUUUCUUCGCCAUGAAUAUGCAACCUGGUUGCUUUUCUAAAGUGGGAUUAUACUCAAAUAACCUCGACUUCAGCCCAUCUCAAACAGGAACAGUUAGUGUCCCAAUAGCUUCCACAGUCUCAGAGAUACGAGAUCCACCUGGUGACAUUUCAAAAAACACCAGGCAACAUCUGAUCUUGGACAAGAAUCUGGGUGGGAAAGUUGAACGGACUUCAGUGCCUGUAAAGCUCGGCAGAGUGUUAGCUGUCGCUUCAGAGGCUGGCUCUGAGGGCACAGAAACACUGUCAUCUCAAGCUAAACAAAUGGGGGGUGAAGGCACCCCUGUAAAAAGUAAAACUCCCCUUGGACAGACCAACUCUAUAGAUAAUAAGCCAGAGUUUGUAUCCAUGAAUUCACACAGUAAUUCUAGGGACUCGGUGGGAGAGAAGAGUGUGAAAGGGUUAGAAACUAUGGGGGCAUCUCAUGAACACACGGAGAGUAAAAGGUUGAAUAUGAGGAAGAUCACAGGUCAUCCUCACUCGCAAGCCACUUGCCUUAAACAACUGCUUCUACUUCAGCUGGACUUGAUAGAGCAACAGCAACAACAACUGCAGUCUAAGGACAAGGAAAUAAAUGAUCUAAAAUCAGACAGAGAUACGUUGCUUGCUCGUAUCGAGAGGAUGGAACGGCGUUUGCAGUUGUUAAGUAAGGAACCACGUGACAAGAGGCUCUUUCAGCCAUUAGAGAGAUGGGUCCCUGAUACAGAAGAUUUUUGGGAAUCAGAUAUGGGAGACCGCUCGCAAACUCCAACAUCUAAGUCAGUCCAGUUGAAUCAAAGUGGCAAGAUGCAAAAGAGGAAGUUCAACUUCUUAGACGCCAAGAUGCAGAGGUCAAGAGGCAAGGCCACAAGAUCAACCCCCCAAAAAUUAGACACAGGAGAGACAUCACCUUGUCAGCAUGACUUGCGAAACAAGGAGACCCCAGAGAAGACAAGCAGACAGAUGGAUCCGUACCCAGAGGGAGAAGACAGCAAAGAAACUAAAGAUCUCCCAUACUUGACAACGACCGAUAUGUACCUGUGCUGCUGGCACCAGCCUCCUGCCUCUCCAUUACAGGAACCAUCUCCAAAGAUAGAGGAGGAUGUUACAAUCCCAUCCUGGAGAGAAAAUAUCAUGGAAUCCCUGUGCGAGGAGGAUGCCUUUGACAUCCCUGAGAAUCUCGAUGAUACAGUUUUUCUGAAACGGCACGCGAAGCUAGAACUGGAUGAGAAGAGACGAAAAAGAUGGGACAUUCAGAGAAUACGUGAACAGCGUAUGCUUCAAAGACUGCAGCAGCGCAUGGAGAAGAAAAAGAUGAAUGUUCAGGAAAGCAAGCCCGAAGUGUCCUCAUUUUAUCCUGACCCGGACAUGGUGGAGGCCAUUGAAGUCACACCAUUUCUGCCAGUAGUUGCCUUUGGUCAGCCUUUGCCCAAUUUGACUGCACAGAACUUUGAGCUGCCAUGGCUUGAUGAAAAAAGUCGGUGUCGUGUUGAAAAUCCGAAAAAAACUCCCCAUCGAACCUGUCGGAAAUGAGUGACAGAUUUUGAGCUUGUUACAAAGUUGAAAGCUACAUGGAGGAGCAAAGCAGGGUUUGAUCAUUCAGGUGACGGAAUAUUUGCCCAACAUUAUGGUUUAGUGUUGGGCCACAAUCUGCUGGCAAGAAUGAAAUGGCAGCAUUACAGCUAUGUUAUCAUUCUACGUUGCCAUGAUGAUAAAGCACCACCUGCCCCGUGAACUGCUAUUUUAGGCCACAUCCUCACUAAAUCGUUUUCAGUUUCUUGAUGUCAUAAUUUUUCAAAGUAUGCAGAUAUGGAGAGAGUUUUCGUUGGAGGAAAACACCAUUCUAGUGUGUAUAACAGCUUGCGUAAGCGUAGCAAAAUCAAUGCGUUUUUCAUUUGAAAAUGUAUGAGUGUGGACGUGGCCUUUUGCACACAAUCGGUGUGUGGUCUUUACUGAUUUAGGCUAAUCCUUUACCUUUAGUUCUGUUCUGUGAGUUUUCACUGAGGCGAAGUGAUAUUGAUUGUGCAGGCUCUGCUACAAAUGAAGAUUUAAUGUGCACUAAACUGUGGUUAUGGAGUAUUGAUCCACAUUUGCAUGUAAUGCCUAAGUAUAUUUGUGUUGAGAAUGGCUUUAAAGAGUUGUUUUGUUUUUAAAAUUGUAAUUAUGCACGAAUGUCUUGAUGAAACCUAAAACAAAUCCUAAAAAACUUACAUACUGUAUUUUUGUAAACAUAGCAUAGCUAUUUAGAAAUUGCCAGGAUAAGGUGUUUGCUGGAGAUCUGUAUAUCUCUGAAGCAGUUCAGCACCUUGUAGGUUUAAGGACAAUUAAGGACCCUUUGUUAUUUUUUUGGAUCUUUUAGUUGGUCUUUUGCUGUUAUUUUUGAUGUACCACAACCUCCUUAUUGAAAAUGUUUUUGUUACACAUCUAUUUUCCUUAAGUCCCAUCCAUGCCCAAAAGUGUUGCUAGUCUUUAUUCAUUUUGGAUAAACUGUGUGCCUAAUAGGAUUAUUUUAAGGGCAUUUGUGUUAUAUAUAUUUUUAUAGAUAUUCCUGUUCAAAUUGUGAAGUUUUUUUGUUUUAUUUUUUCAUAUUAUUGUGUUGAUCUUGUUAGCGCAACAUAUAUCAACAGUUUUUUCCUCCUUUCCCCCCUGAAUGUGUACAACUGGACCUCUGUAAAUAGCUUUAAUAUCACACCAGCUGUAAAUAAGGAAAAUGUUGCUGUUAUUUUUUUAUUUAAUGUCAGAAUGUUGUAUGUCCAGUAUAGAUGAUAUAUUGAUAGCAUUUACAAAAUUAAAAAAAAAAAAAACUCAAUCAGAAUUUUAAAGUUUUCUAUGUCCAUGUUUGUUCUGUGUAGUACUUCUGUUUUCUGCAAAUCACUUAAUUUAGCAUUUGUCCUUAUAGUGGUGAGGAAUCAAUCAUUAGUGCAGGAUUAUGAAAUCAGACCUUGUACAAUAACACAUUCAAAGACUUUAACCAUAAUGUUUUAUGCAUAUAUAAUUUCUUAAAACAGUUUUUCUAAAGUUAAAGACAUAAAAAUAUAUAAAUAUUAACAUUUAUAGAGUAGAUUACCAUAUGAUUGUAAAAAUGCAGACAGGGUUUAGAUGUUAUUCAAUAAUUGAAUCUGACAAAUGUAUUUAAUGUCAGAAUACGUUGUAAAAUGAAUCAAACUGUCCUUGUCCACUUAUUGUCUACUCUUGAUACAGAUCUCACAAGUGCAGUUCUAUGAACUGAAGGAUGAACAAUUUCAUGAUGUGUAAUGACAAUUUGUGGGGAGAAAAAAUUUCCUUGUCACAAAAAUAAUGCAAACAAUCUUUGUGCAAAUCUUGAUGCAAAAUAUCAUUUCUUAUUUUUUUCUUUUAAUUU